GAAUUUUAUUUCACAACAACAUUCGAUUCGAUUUUUUUUUUGUUGAAAAUUAAGUUUUUUUUUUUGAAAAUUCUUUCAAUCAAAAUGAAAAAAAUGAAUGAUUGCAGCAGCGAAAAUUCAUCGCUGGAACCAGCAAGAAAAAGUCGUCGAUUACAGGCCAAAUUGGAAAUAAAUCGUUUGAAUUAUGUUGAAUCAUCAUCAAGCGAUGACGAAAAUGAUGAUGAUAAUUAUAACGAAAUGAAAUUUAGUUUUAUCGGUUCUCACAAUAAUGACAACAACGGCGACGACGACGAUGAUGAUGAUAAUCUUCGUUCAUUAAAACGAAAUAAUUCAUUCGCUUUGUCUGAUCAUUCAUUUGGUGAUCAAUUAUUUCAAAGUCAAACAUCAUUUUCACAAUUGACACAAAAUUCACUUCAAUCCGGCCAAUUUACUUAUCUAAUUUUUUCACCAUCAUCAUCAUUGAUUACAAAUAAUAUUGUGGAUGAUAAUUGUUUGGACAGAAUCCUAGAAUUAUUUCAACUUUUAAUAAAAAAUAUUAAUGAUAAUAAAAAUCUGAUUCAAACAAUCGGUUCAUCAUUGGAAUAUUUUCGUCAACCACAUCCAAAAUUGAUUGAUUUUUUGAAUUAUUUUUUAAAUUUAUAUUCAAAAUUAUCAUCAAAUGAUUAUCUGGAAUCACGUAAUGAAAUUGGUUAUCAAUAUUGUUUGGUUGUUGAACAAAUAUUCGAUCAAUUGGAUCGUUCACGUUCGAAUUGGACUGAAAUGAAUUUAUUCAAUUUAUUUCGAACCGAUUCAAAAAUCAAUAACAAAUCAACAAUUAUUUCACAAAAUAAUCAUAGCUAUCUAUUUGAUUUGAUUGAAUUUAUUGACAAUUGUUUUGGCCAUUUUCAACAACAACAAACAACGAAUAAAGAUGAUGAUGAAGAAAAUGUAAAGAAAAAUAAUCGAAAUAAUCAUCGAUCAAAUGCAUUGAUUGUUUCUGUUCGGUUAUUUGAAAUUAUUGUAAAAUUCCUGACCAACGAUAUGGAAAGAUUUUUUCAAAAAUCAUUUAAUUUUCUUUUGGAUAUUCAAGAUGAUAAUGAUCGUCCAUUAAUUGUUCGUUUAUUAUGGCCAAAUGUUAAACAUCCUGAUUAUAUGUCAAGUAUGGUUAGAUAUUUUCUUUAUUUGCUAACCAAAUCUAUACGAACAUUUUCGGAAAUUCAAAAUGAUCAAACUCAUCGAUCAUUAUUAUCGUUCGAUUUGCUUCCAAAACAAUCAAAUAUUUUCAUUCAAUCAAUCAUUAAAAUGCUAAUGUUGAUUGCCGAAUCAUUACGUAUUGGUUCGGGUAAUAUACGACCAUAUUUAUCGCUAACAUCCAGUCGUAAUCUUAUUGCUAAUGAUCUUUGGUGUCAAUUUGAACGUUAUAAAUUGAAUGAAAAUUUUAAUUUAUUAAAAUUUUUAUCCAAACAAUUUCAAUCAUUAUCAUGGUUCAAUUUACAAUUUAUGUUACAAAUUAUGGAUCAUUUAUUUUCCGAUCUUAAACACACAUUACCGAUGAUUCUUGGUCAAAAUAAUGGUAUACGUUUACGAAAAUUACGUAUAACAUUACGUUUGUUGGUUUCAACAUUUUUAACCGGUAAUCUUGAUGAUUUACGUGUUGAACAUUUUCGUAUGAUGAUGCAUAAUAAUAAAAAACCUUUGGAAUCGAAUUCAAUUGAAGAAAAAUUGAAACAAUUUAAAGAAUUGAUCAAAUCUUCUUUGAGUAAUCAGGAUGAUAGUGGUAGACAACCGUCAUAUCAAACGUAUUUAACACGGAAAACAAACUAUGGUGGUAAUACAUUACAUAUGGCAAGUCGUAAUAAUGAUCCAGCGGUUAUUCGAAAAUAUUUUGAUCAAACACAACCAAAUCAACAAGAUCGUUCGGGUUAUACACCAUUGAUUGAUUGUAUACGUUAUGAGCAUUUUGAUUGUCUUGAAACAUUAAUUCAAUCAAGCAUUGAAUCCGAUUAUCCAUUGAAUUAUGAAAUACAAAUUUCAAAAGAUAAUGGUUUUACAGCAUUACAUUAUGCAUUGAUUAUUGGUAAUCGUAAAUCAAUACGAUUAUUAUUAGAAAAUGGUGGUUAUCAUCUGAUGUUUAUCGAAUCAAAAGAUGGUUAUUCACCGCAAACAUUAAUCGAAUAUUUAGAUCAACAACAUUCGAACGAAUUGAAUGAGGAAAAUUUAUCCGAAUUUAUAUCGAAAAUUGAAUGUAAAAAAAUUCCCAAUCAUUUACCUGCGUUUGAUGAAUUAUCCAGGAAAUUUCAAAUGAAUCUUGAACAAUUGUUAUCAUUUUAUUGUGAAAUGAUAACAAAUUUAUUCGAUUGUUAUUUACAAACAAAUCGUUUGCAUCAAUUUAAUUUUGAUAGUAUUUUUUUGGAUGAUCAACAACAACAAAUCGAUAAAACAACAACAAAUGAUAAUCUUGAUCAUCAAAGUAUUUGUUUACGUUUAUCACAUGAAUUUCAACGAAUAUUUCAACGUAAUCCAAAUGAAUUGGAAUUAACAAUGUUGAUGGAUGAUUUGAAAAUUAUUUCGAAAUUUCCCGAAUAUUUUGAACAAUUCUCGGAUCAAUUAAAACGUGAACAAAAUCUUCAAAAUUUUCGUAAUGAUUUCGGGUUAGAAUUUCAAUCAUUACGAUUAUCGAUUGGUUUGAUUCAAAAAAAUAUGGGUAAAUAUGAAAUUGCAUAUAUUUUUCUACAAAAUUCACGUACAAUUAAUCAUUUACCAAUACAACAUGGUGAUCGUAUUCUUAAUCGAUUCUUAUCGCAAACACCCAUGAAUGAACAAAAAAUUCGUAAAGUUUCAUAUCCAAAACCAUUAACAAAUCUUGAUAAUUCAAAUGAAUCUUGUUCGGCUUGGUCAUCGACGGCGAUUACAAAUUGA